UGAUGCUUUAACCAUCUCCACACAGCUGUCUGCUCCCAGGAGGCGAUGACUGGUCCCUGCCGGGCCGUGAUGCCUCGUUGGUACUUCGACAUGUACAAGAAAAAGUGCAUUCGCUUUAUAUAUGGAGGCUGCGGAGGCAACCGAAACAAUUUUGAGUCAGAGGAAUAUUGUAUGGCAGUGUGUAAAAAGAUGAUUCCACCAACUCCUCUGCCCACCGACGACGUCGACGUCUACUUCGAAACGCCUGCUGAUGACAAUGAACACGCCCGUUUCCAGAAAGCCAAGGAGCAGCUGGAGAUCCGGCACCGUAACCGCAUGGAUCGAGUGAAGAAGGAAUGGGAGGAAGCGGAGAUCCAAGCCAAGAACCUUCCAAAGGCCGAGAGGCAGGCCCUGAUGCAGAGAUUCCAGACGAUGGCCAAGUCCCUCGAGAAGGAAGCUGCGAGCGAAAAACAACAACUCGUGGAAACUCACCUGGCCCACGUAGAAGCCAUGUUGGAUGAGCGUCAUCGGGUCGCCCUGGAAAACUACCUUGUGGCUCUGCAGUCCGACCCCCCACGGGUACUGUACCCCUCCGUCAGAAGCAGGGAAGGGGUUGGGAAUGGAGAUGGGGAAUUAUUACUGGAGAUGUUUCGAGUUGUGUGGUGGCCUACAGUGUCUCUGAUAGAUAAGCUCCUUCAAGAACAGCGAACCGAUAUGGACCAGUUUACUUCUUCCAUUUCUGAAUCCCCGGUGGAUGACCACGUGAGCUCUGAAGAAAGUGAAGAUUCGCCGCUCUUUGAUGAUAAACCUUUCCGUCCAUUCCAGGUGAAAACUUUCCCAGCUUCUUCCAAAAGUGAAGGUACGUCAAAACUGUAGUGCUGUACCGUAACUGGCCUGAACCCAUCGGAGCCAAGCUACUUAAAUAGAAUAAACUUGGUCUCAGAUUUGUUCUGGACAAGCCUUUUUUUUGCCAGAGCUUUUCAGAGCAAAUUCUGAUGAAGAACCACUUGGUGAUUGAGAUGUUUUUGAGUUUAGCAUUCUGGCUUGAUUCAUGCAAGUUGCCGAUUCUCGUAAUGAUACAUAUUUGUACUAUGUGUAGCUGGCCUUCCCAUCUUCGCACCCUAAAACUCAUGGUGAGAAUUCAGUAUUGUCUGCUGAUUAUGUUAUAACAGGGGUGUCAAACUCGCAGCCCACGGCCUGGAUGCGUCACACGCUGGCCACCCCCACCCCCAGUUAAGCGAAGGGGGAGAAAGUCGAGCUACGUCACAUGACGACGUGACAUCACGAGUUUAACGCCUGUGUGCUAUGAGUUUAUCUAUAUAUGUAAAAGACAAAUACCACUCAACACAAAAUCUCCAGAACGGUAAAGCCUACAA